GGUGCGUCACACAAGGGACGGACGUCAGCGGCGGGGGCUGCGCGGCGGCAGGCCACCAUAGGCGCCCAGACGGCAGCCGCGGAAGGUGCGGAGCGGGAGGAGGAGCGAAGCGAGGAGGAAGGGGACCCCCCAGCGGGGGCCCGAUCGCCCGAGGCUGGCGGGGAGGAUGGGGCGGGGGAAGCUGCGGGCGAUGCAGGCGGCGGCGGCGCAGCGGCGAUCCGACGGCGGCCGAGGAGGGCUUGA